AUCAGCCGCAGAUCUGUCACUGCUUGUGCGGCUCCGUCCGGUGGAAGCGUUCUACCGGAACCCAAGAGAGACGUUCCGUAACCAACCGCGCCGCACCGUCUGCUUGGUGGCCGCCGGAGCGGUGCGGGGCUGAAGAAGAGGGCCGGUGUCGUCACCAUGGAUACGGGUGACGAGAAGAACCAGCCGCAGGAGGCAUCGGCCAAUGACAGCGCUUCAUCUGGAACGAGUGCCCGCUCCUCUGCCAUGAACUCCAUGUCUUUGUACGAAAGGCAGGCUGUGCAGGCCCUGCAGGCGCUCCAGAGGCAGCCGCACGCCGCUCAGUACUUCCAGCAGCUCAUGCUGCAGCAGCACAUCAACAAGGCGCAGCUGCAGAACCUGGCGGCCGUGCAGCAGGUCCAGGCCAGUCUGGCGGCAGGUUGUCAGCCCAGCCAAUCCGGCGGUAGCCCUUCUCAGACUGCCAUCACUUCAGCAGCCAGUGUGACGUCUAGCUCCGCCUCCACAGCAAGCAACCGCCCUGUUGGCGUCUCGGCGACGACCACCAUUAGCCAGUCGGUGCUGCUGGGCGGAGGCGCUGGGGGGCGGGGACAAAUGUACCUCAGGGUCAACCGUUCGCUGAGAGCGCCCAUCUCCCCGCAGCUCAUCUUCAUGCGUGGUAACACGGCGACCGCUGCCGUGGCAACCCUCCCUCAGCUUCCUCAGCCUCGGAAACCAGAAAUAGCGGCCACAUCGUCCUCCGGCUGCCAAACUGAUAGCGAUCAGGUGCAGAACCUGACUGUGCGGAACGUGUCCGGUCCAAAAGGUGUCAAAACUGAGAGGAGUGAUGCUGCUGCCUACUCGCUCGUCCACUCCACCCCACAGUCUCCCAACAAGGCCAGUCAGCCUCAGCCGCCCCCCAUCAAGAUCCCAACAUACCCUCAGCCCGCCAACAUCAAAGCACCCCCUCCCCUGUCCUCCACUAGCGGCGCGUCUUCCUCCGUCCCUCUUACGCAGCUUCUGCUUCACAGUACUCAAACUACCGCUCCCGCCGUGACACACGCUCUGGUCCUAACAUCCACCGGGACAUCGCAGGCCCACGCGUUCCCGGUCGGCACGGCGACAAUCAAGCCGGCAGUCGGUGCUCAGACGUUGGUAGUGCAGCCUCUGCAGAAGAGCUCACUGGGUGGGGACAAAUUGGGUCAUGGCAACAAUCCUGUCCCCAUCCAGCCUAAAACCCUGCAGGGUCUGCGCCUGCCCCUGCAGCUACCUUCGAGGAACCCACCUCCCAUCAUGCCUGCUCCGACGCCAGCCAGCAGCUCCGCCAUGACGCCGCAUAUCCCCGUUCAGAUUGUUGGCGCCAGGCAGAGCACGCUGGGAAGCAGCCAGGCGUUAGCCUUAGCCAGGGGUGGUUGCAGCCAGGAAGGGGCCGCCAUCCUCACCAGCUCGUCCAGCCUGCUCACCAUGGUAGCGUCCAUUGCCUCAAGAGAGAGCGGGGUCAUGGGUGGAGGGGUGGGCGUAAAGGCGCUGUCCCAAGAGCCCCACCCAUCAUCCCUGACCUCUAAGGUUCAUGCCAAUCAGAGUGAAAAUGGACCCCUCACUGUAAGAGCCGCCUCCUCUCAGUCUGCAACAGUCUCCUCCCCCACCUCCUUGCUGGCUAGCGCCCCCCUCCCCUUGGCGGCCAAUGGCGACUUAGUGGGCUGUCGGACGGCGCAGGUAAAAGAAGCGACCAGCAUGCUUAAACGCAAGUUGGAUGAAGAUGGCCCCUCUCGUCCACAGUUGCUGCCCGUUAAAAAUUGUUCCUCAAUGCUCACCAGCGUUUCCAUGGAAACAGGCUCAGCCCCUCCCCCAGCCUACCCAACCCUGCCAGUGUCUCGCAGUGGCUGCGCUCGUAGAGAGAAGGCUCCUCCCCCUCAAGCCGUGAUCAAACCGCACGUCCUCACGCACCUCAUUGAGGGCUUCGUCAUCCAGGAAGGGCCGGAGCCUUUCCCCGUGUGUGGAACAAUAAAAGACUCAGCCGGGGAAGAUCAAUCUGUUACUACGACAGCAGUGCUGGAAUGUGAGUACUGUAAGAAGUUUGCACCCGCCAGCCAGUUCCGAGGCACUAAAAGGUUUUGCUCCAUGUUGUGUGCAAAAAGGUACAACGUCAGUUUCAGGCAGCCAUUGAGCGUGCGGCACACUCGGGAAUGCCGCCAGCCUCCCCGUCAAGAUCAGCUGUCCCACUCAGACGAGGACGCAGGGGUAGCCAGGAGGAGGGUUCCUCGCAGGACCAGCUCAGAGAUAGCCAGCGCCAAGAUAGCGGGAAGACCCCUUCCUGUCACGCGCCACUCCGAGUCCAGCCACUCUGACACAGAGUCCAGCGGCGAGGAGGAAGAGGACAACCCCAUGUCUCUCUCGCCUGCCUCUUUAGCUUCCUGCCAUGCCAAGGAGACUCCCAGCCUCAGCUCCCAAUCUUCAAGCCCCGCCCACUGGAGUGUUGACCAAGUGUCGCAGUACAUUUCCUCCUUACAAGGCUGCGAGGAGCUGGCCUUGCACUUCCUGUCGCAGGAGAUUGACGGACAGGCCCUGCUGCUGCUAAAGGAGGAACAUCUCAUGUCCACCAUGAACAUCAAGCUGGGCCCCGCCCUCAAAAUCUGCGCUCACAUCAACAACCUGAGGGACUAAGGCGGGUCAAAGUGGAGGUACUGAACUUGUCCUGUUCCAGUAUUUUUUCGAACUUCUAAAAGAGAAAUUUGGUUUGGGUUUUUGUCUUUCCUUCACGUUUGAGUCCAAUUCAUCAUGUGACAAAAGUUGGACCGAACCAAGGAAGACAAGGAUAGUUUUACUCUUCAGUCUUAAGUGGUUUAUUUGGACAGGACCACAUCCUCGGUAUUGACUCUUUUCCUUCAAUUUAAACUGAGAACAUCAAGGUUCUCGCACAUUUUUGGACCUCACCUCCAAAAGAAAUAUUUUUUACCACCAGGUUCAUCCAGAUCUGGAUUUGAUCACAUCAGACUAAACAAGCACUUGGACUUGCAGCGUGUCCCCAAAUCUACUCUAAUGUUCUGUGUAAUGUGUGUGUGUGUGUACCGCUAUUUAAAUUUGUGUAUGUUCGUCGUGUGGACCUUGACGACUGUCUGGAUCGUCCCUUAUAAGGGUUUUGUCACAUAGCAACACUUGUUAGCUUGAUAGGUAGCGCUCUUCAUCAUUAUUGGUAACUUCUAGAAGGUUCUUGAGUCAUUGUCAGAUGUUUGACACUGUGAUGAAGCACAAACUGACUUAUUUAUAAACUCCAAAGCACUUAGCUGUGUAAGAACAACGAAAAGCCUGCAAUGACACUCAACGUGUUCAGAAUGUUAGCUCAAGCAAAUAAAACAUGGAGGAUUUGAUCAAAAUGAA